UGAGAAAUGGACAGAGAUGAUGGAAGGCAGAAAGAAGUCUAGCUAUAACUACUGGCUCUUAUCCUUGGAGACUUGUAAUCAAGAGGACAAAAACACAGAAGAACUACGGACAGUCAUUAGAAAGGAUGGCCUAAAAGAAGAUCCAAAUGAUGCUAAAAGCACAGUUUUGUUCUACCAUGAAGGCAUUUUUUGGAGAUGUUCCUAUAGAAAAGACAGAGAAGAGGAAAGCAUACUGGAUUUUUGGAUCACCAACCAACCAACAGAGAAGAUUUGUAUGCCUGUCUACCUUUCCCAUGAUCCUCUACUAGAGAAAAGAAGAAGCAAUUUAAACACAGAUACAACUACAUUACACAGGACUUUUUGGUGCAUUAUGUCUGUCCUGGGAUUCACCACGGUUAUGAUUGGUGUGUUUGUCACCAUCUGUGGCAUCCCAAGAGCUAACCGCCGCCUUUAUGAAGCUGGAGGUGCUCUUUUCAUAACUGGUGGAAUCUUGCUUUUGGUCGUGGUGGUGACAUUUGCAGUAUGGGUGCAGGUCUCAGGCUCUUUGGAACGUUACAUCCUCGAGCGCAGGUCCUCCAUGUGCCCGAACCUGUACCUCAAUCUGUACUAUGGGCCAUCCUUUAUGUUGGCACCCCCUGCCUGCUUCUUCAGCAUCCUCUGUGGCAUCUUCCUUUUGCUCACACAGACUGCCUCAGGAACAGUGUCAGCAAAUGCAACAAACAAGCCCACAUCUGUAAAGAAGGACUGGGAAGCAAGCAUGCUUGAAUAG